AAUAACCGUGUGUCAGUACACUUUGUUUACGUAUGGUUGAACCGGAAUGUGAUACACGCUUUUGUGAUAUUAACAUCAUUAUUUUUUCAUUAUUUUUAGUCUUUCGUUUUGAAUAUGUAGCAUAUAAGUUUUACAAAAUACAACAAGAGGAAAUGUCUCGAUUGAUAACUCAGGUUUUGUGUUUUUCAUAUGUUGUUUUGUUCCUGAUUAAUUUCAUCAACGCUUGGGCAAACUUCGAGAUUACAUAUGUCUCCUACGAAAACCCGUCAAGUAAAACUGCUGACGGCAAGUGUUGUGAUGAAUUAUCUCGUUGUCGUAGCAACUGUACGAAUGUGUUCGUAAUUUGUUUGAAAGAUAUAAAAAGUACAAUAUGCGGAAUCAAUGGAUUUACAUCUAAAGUGUUCGUCGGAGAUUACUUGACAUUCAAGAAGGAGGAUGAAACGGGCAUUCGAAAUCCGCACGCGUUUUUUUUGCUUACAACACCAAAAAAAAUCAGCUUAAACUUUUCAGUAUACACUAACGCAACCAACAAAUUGAUUGCAGAGUUUUAUAAUGAAGUGCAGCUAAACGCAACACCUUUUGAUGUUAUUAAAAGAGAAAGAUUAAACUUUCUGUACACUGGAACUGCAGGAAAUAACAAGACAUUAGCGAUAAAAGCAAGUUUAAAUUGUGGAAAAGGAUAUCUUCUUCCAGACUGCAAGAUCAAAUGUGAACGAAAAGAUGAUAAGCUUGGUCAUUACAAAUGCGACAAUUGGGGAAAGAUUUGUUUGCCAGGGUGGACGGAUGUAUCAAAGAACUGCACAAUACCUCUAAAAUUGAGCAGUAGCUCAUCAUUCUUAGCAUCUAAAGUUUCCCCAAUAAUAUUUUCGACAAGUUCAUCAAGAUUGUUUAGUACUUUGACUCACAAACCUCUUGCUACAGUCGUAGCACCACCUGAAACGCAUUCGUUGUCUAUUACAUCGAGUGAGAUACGCACUGGAUCGCAUUAUACCACGAGUUAUAGUGGGCAUGCAUCCUCUUCAGCUAGUGUCCUUCCAACUACAGUAACUUUACCAACAGGAGUACCGGUUAUAAAAGAAAGGAAAACGUUGAUGUGGACAAUCGUUGGAAUUGUUAUUGCGCUGGCCGUCAUCGUUCUGUUAGUUUUAAUGAUUCUGAAGAAUAGGAACAGAAAACAUCGCGUUUUACAUCUCACGCAUGGAGAGUCGGUUGAAAUGAAAAAGGACAAAGAUGAGCAAGAAAUAGCAGAGAAUGUGGUAGAGUUGCCUGCUGUGGAAAUUUUAGAGAAAUAAAAAAGAAACACUAAAUGUAAAUAUACCUACCGAUACAAAAUAAUCUUUUGAUAAUAUAUAUUUCUUUUCACUGAA